CCGGAGCGGAGCAAUUCAAAAAUUUGAUUUUGAUCUUGUCAAGUGAAAUUAGCCAACCUAAUGCACAUCUAUAUGUAACCAAAUUGUUAACAUCUUGUUCCAACUCACUUCUGACACUUUGCAUCUUUUUCCCAUUGUCUGUCAGGUAACUCUUAACAACACUACUUUAUGGGUCAUUUGCUAAUGCCUUGACUUCCCCUGACACUGUAACACAGUACUUUCCAGUCUUAUUGCUUCCAGUGUCAACCGCCGAUACAUAAACCUGUUUUCUCUAACUGCACACAGUUCAUUGGAGUAAUGUGCACAGCCACCUUGUGUUAAUGUAACUGCUUUUCUGUGUAAUCUGUUGCAUGCUUCUAUCCUCAAGCUAUCAGUAACUGCAUCUAACAGUUCACCAGCUAUCUGCUUUUGAUUGGGUGCUUUGUAAUCUGGCCUUAGGCAACUAAUCAGCAGCCCUCAAAGUGGAUUUUCCAACUGCAAGAUGACUUCCCACUGUCUGGUAGCAACUUGGAGUUGCAAGUUUCCACAGUGCGAUCACGACUCGUGCCUCCACCGUCAGUGCGGCUCUCAUGCUGGUGUUCCUGCGCUGGAUGGCUGGGAUCAUAAAGCAUAUGGAAUCUCUGUCAAAACGGACAAUCAGCAUGUUACAGCAAAGGAGUUUCAGGAGGCUAUGCUUAGCUGUAAGUACUCAGCUGGAAAGGGUAUUAUUCCAAGAGUAGAAUGGAAGAAACUCUCAUCCCGUGAUGUCUCAUUUGUGUACUACAAAGGUGACUUAGUAGGUGAUCUGAAAGGCCGAGCAGAGAUGAUAGAUUCAAGCAUACGAAUUAGAAAUGUGACCAGAAAAGAUUCUGCGAGAUACCGUUGUGAAGUUAGUGCGCCGACUGAACGGGGACAAAAUCUGGCAGAGACUAUUAUUACUCUCACAGUGUUGGUGGCCUCGGCAGCUCCAUCGUGUGAAGUGCCCAGCUCAGCGAUGAGUGGAACAGUAGUACAACUGAGUUGUAAAGAAAAUGAAGGGUCUCCUGCUUCUGAGUACAAGUGGUAUAGGAAUGGUGUUGCUUUACUGGAAAAUACAGGAACAGGCAGUGCUAAAAUAGGAAACAUUUCUUACACCAUGAAUAAAAAGACUGGAACAUUGCUAUUUAACACAGUUUCAAAGAAGGACACUGGAGAGUAUUACUGUGAAGCCUCUAAUGGAAUUGGACUUCCUCAAAAAUGCUCUGUGAAGCGAAUGCAAGUUGAUGACCUUAAUAUAAGCGGAAUCAUAGCUGCUGUAGUAGUUGUGGCUCUGGUAAUGGCAUUAUGUGGCCUUGGGGUAUUUUAUGCACAAAAAAAAGGUUACUUUUCAAAAGAAAGCUCUUCUCAGAAGAAGAGUUCUGACUAUAAAUAUACCCCAAGUGAAAAGGGUGGUAUGAAAGGGAAAGGGACCCCUUGGAGCCUUUUCCAUCCCCUCUCCCCCCACAUCCCCUUAAGCAGAGAGAGCAGAUCAGAAAGGUGGAACCUAAAGCAUUGCCUCUCUUCUCCUCUACACCCUGUCUGACAGCACUGGAGGGAUUUCAAGCACACCAAGUCCUUUGUUAUUUAGAAGAUUUCAGCCUCUUUGAGAGACACACAGAGACUACUUCUUAUACAAAAUAUUAAAGGGAUUUUUUUUAACUCUUCUGCAAAUAUUUGGAUUUGUUUUGAGAUGGCAUACACUGAAAGCAGAAAGUUUAUUGAAAUGUCUAGGAGCCGAUGUUACAAACCUAAUCAUGGACUGUACAACUGUUCAUAUUGUUUAAAAUACCAUUAUUUCUCUAAUUUAAGGAUAGUAGUAUGUAGAUUUCUUCUCAUCCGGUUUAUGUAUAUACACAGCAAGGGGACUCAUUACUAAGCAAAUUCAUGCUCAUGAUCUUUACAGAUUAGCGUUAGAAUUUUUUUGGCCACUCAAACCUAGUGCUUUGUAGUGUCUACAUCUAAAAGACAACGUGAAGGGCUCUAACUUUUGCCAUUUUUCAGUUUGAUUAGUGCCAUGACUUUUCUAAUAAUCUGUCAGACCAUGCAGUCAAGUGAACAAUUCUGAUACUGUACAAGUAUAAACUUGAGUUGUUAACUGUGGUUCACCCUCUCUAUAAUAGAGAACCUCCAAACAGUGUUCUGCUGUGGAGGAGUGCUUUUCAAUCUCUUUUCAUUUGCCAAUCUUUUCAAAAGUUCAAAUGGCAGUCCGGCCUCCUUUAGAAAUCUUAGACAUAGUUUGCAGACCUCAGGUUAAAAACCACCGCUGUAGAUCAAAUGUUCAAAUCCCAAUGCUAAAGUGUGUAGCUUUUUCCCUUCUAGGAAGUAUAUUUAAGAUCCGUGAAAGUUUCUUUGCUAAAGAUUGUAUGUGUGAAGGAAAACAGUGCAGCAAAACUGAUGCAGUAUUAGUGCCUUGAUUUUUCUGUUAAAAGUUCAGUUUCACAAAUAAAUGACGCCUAGUGUCUGA